AUGCGUCUGGCGGCACACGGUCAGGCGCUCCCGUACCAUGAUAAGGAUGCCGUCGGGAAUGUGGCAGAGCUUGUAUCUAAGCCACCACAGCGGAUAGAAUCGAUGACGUAUGGGUUUGCACCAUGCUUCAUCAACACCGACGCAAAGAUACAAGUGCCUGGGAAGUUCAACCACGGGGGAGCUCGCUGUGGGCCCAAGUACGAGGCACUGAAGAAUUCGGGAGGGCAGCGCGACGGACCGCUCGCAAGUGAGGAUGGGCUGGGAGUGGCAGCACCUGCGGAGGAGACGGUUUUUGAGCUCGCCGAGGACCUGCUGCCCAUCCCUGAGUGUGAUGCCGAUCUGAUGGAAGACCUGCCCCCAACCGACCACCGCGAUCAGUGUGACGGGCUAGAGGAAGGGCUGGGGGGGCAGCAAGGCCAUGGGGUCGGAACGUCCUUGGGGGGUGGAAUUGUUUGGAAAGAAGGCACUGGGAUGGGAACAAGGCUGGAGGAAGUGGGAGCAGAGUCGGAAGGGGUUAGGGUAGGAGCAAUGCUGGAGGAAGGGGUGAGGGGGAGGGGAUGCGCUGGGGCGGGAAUAACCCAGGAGGUCCAGGGCAUAGGGGUGGGGGUUGGGAGUGGAGGGCAAGAAGGCAUUGGGAUGAGAACAGGGCUAGGAGAAGGGGGAAGUGGGCCAGAAGAGGUGGGGGUCGGAUCGGUACUGGAGGAAGGGGGGCGGGGGGGAGAAUGCCCUGGGAUGGGAACGUCCUUGGAGGUAGGGGUGGGGGUAGGAAAGGGAGGUCAAGAAAGCGCUGGGAUGAGAACAGGGCUGGGAGAAGGGGGAACUGGGCCGGAAGAGGUGGGGGUCGGAUCGGUACUGGAGGAAGGGGGGCGGGGGGGAGAAUGCCCUGGGAUGGGAACGUCCUUGGAGGUAGGGGUGGGGGUAGGAAUGGGAGGUCAAGAAAGCGCUGGGAUGAGAACAGGGCUAGGAGAAGGGGUUGGAGUGCCGGAAGGGAACGUUGUGGCCGGAACAGCACUGGAGGAAGGCGAUGGGGUUGAGGGUCUUCUACAGGAGCCUCCAACUGACGAGGGGGUUUGGUUGCACGAGCUCGAGGAGGGGUGUCCUCAGGCCAGGUAUGUCGAACGUGUUGCAACACACCUAAGCCCACGCUUAAAUGUUUGA